AUGCCUAAACUUUGGAGUUGUAUUGCUCCGAAAAGUGAUGAAGAAAAAAAACAGAAACAAAUUAAUAAACAAAUCAAUGCAAAAUUAGAAAAAGAUAAAAAAGUUUAUAAAGCUACUUAUCGAUUACUUCUUUUGGGUGCAGGUGAAUCAGGAAAAUCAACAGUUGUUAAACAAAUGAAAAUUUUACAUAAUCCAUUCACUCCACAAGAAAAACUCGAUAAAAUUCCGGAUAUUAAACGUAACAUACGUGAUUCAUUAACCAGUAUUUUACGUGCCCUUGAUACAAUUAAUCCACCUGUGCGUUUAGAACAUUCAGAAAAUCAAGCACGUGCUACAUAUAUAUUAACAACAGCACAUCAAUUAGAUUUUGAUUAUCCUCCAGAGUUUUUUGAUCAUGUGGAAGUCCUAUGGCGUGAUGGUGGUGUACAAGAAUGUUUUCAAAGAUCAAACGAGUAUCAAUUAAUCGAUUCCGCUAAAUAUUUUCUCGAUCGUGUUAAUGAAAUCAAAAGGUCAAAUUACACACCCAGUGAUCAAGAUAUUCUUCGAUGUCGUGUUCUUACGUCAGGUAUUUAUGAAACAAUUUUUACUGUUGAACGUGUGCGCUUUCAUAUGUUUGAUGUUGGUGGACAACGUGAAGAACGUCGAAAAUGGAUUCAAUGCUUUAAUGAUGUUACAGCAAUAAUAUUUGUUACAGCAUGUAGUGGUUUUAAUUUGAUGCUUAUUGAAGAUGAGAAACAAAAUCAAUUGAGAGAAUCACUUGAAUUAUUUAAAAAUAUUUGGAAUAAUCGAUGGUUAAAAACAAUUUCGGUUAUUUUAUUUCUUAAUAAACAAGAUCUUCUAGCAGAAAAAAUUAAAGCUGGUCGUCGACUUCAAGAUACUUUUCCUGAAUUUGAACAUUAUGUUGUUUCACAUGUUGAAUUAGAAAAAUCUGAACCAAAUGAACCUGCUGAAGUAACUCGAGCUAAAUAUUUCAUACGUGACGAAUUUUUACGAAUUAGCACAGCUGGUGGUAACAAUCGUCAUUCGUGUUAUCCACAUUUUACAUGUGCUGUUGAUACAGAAAACAUUCGUCGAGUAUUUAAUGAUUGUCGCGAUAUUAUUCAACGUGUGCACUUGAGACAGUACGAAUUACUGUGA